CUUUACUAAUUUUUGGGCAUUCAAUUUUUCAUAUGCAAUUAAUGCAAAUAUCUUUUGGUAUUGCUACCUCUGCAGAUGUUGCUUAUAGCUCUUACUUAUAUUCUGUUGUUAGUAAAAGUAAAUAUAAACGGGUAACUUCUUUAAUUCGAAUGGCUACAAUGACAGGAAAAUUUGCGGCAUAUUCUUUUGGGCAAUUUUUAAUAACAUUGGGUGUUCUUAUUGUUGCUGUACUUAUUUCCUUAUUUUUGCCGAUGACGACACCUAAAAGGAAUAAAAAAACAAAUAAGGAAAGUAAACAGAUGGAAAUACUUGCGUCCUCAACAGAUGAAAAACAUAAUAAUUUAUUAAAUAAGGCAGAUCAACAAGAAAAUAAAAAAAUAAUUGAAAGCUUUGAAUUAUUAGAAGGAACUAGGAAAGAUUCCACUAGAAGGACAAAUAAUCAAGAAAUAUUUUUUAAUAAAUUUAUCAGGCAUUACCGUAAUGUUAAUGUCUUGUGCUGGUCUAUUUUUGCAAUUCUUACUACCUGUGGGAUUUAUCUGGUUAUGAAUUAUGAACAAUCAUUAUGGGCUCAUCGUAAAGUGGAUAAAUCCUUGGUCUGGAAUGGAUUUGUUGAAAGCCUAAACACAAUUUUAUCCGCCAUUUGUUUAACAUUUCUUCAAUUUGUUCAAAUAAAAUGGGAGGAUUAUCGGCCGUUUGUGUUUAUAGGUUCAUCAUUUGGAUUUUCUUUACUUCUCUUUGGAAUGAUUUAUUUUGCAAAUAUUUUUGCUGAUUAUGUGCUUUAUAUGAUUUUAUAUAUUUUAUUCAGUGUUUUGGAGGCUGUAGCCAGUAAUCAAAUAGCAACAAAUAUGCAUUCUGAUGCCUAUGGCCUUGUUUUUGGCAUUAACAACUUUGUUACUAUCCUUUCCAUAACUUUCUUUACCUUCUUUUUUGUUGAUAAGAAUGGGCCUUUAAAUCUUGGAAUUGAACAAAUGGUUGGAUAUUUUUUUAGAUUUUAUAAAAAAAAAUUUUUAUUUCAGUUCAUCUCCUUCAGCAUUUUUUUCCUUUCUAUAUCUGUUAUUUUUGCCUUAAUAGAACUUGCAGUACGGUACUUUCAAAGGAAAUAA